AUGGUUUCACGGACGCCUGUGCUGCGGCUGAUCCUCUCCUGUGUGUCUCUCUACCACGCCGCGCAAGCCGUUGGAGAUAUGUGCCGCGGGACGCACUGCCCAGGGGGGGACGCCGGCGAUCCGAGGCCGUGCGUCGGAGCGCACUGUCCGGGGAGCAGAUCCUCCAGGACCCCGCGGCAGUUUAACCCGUCGGCGCAGGGGAGAGGGACGCAGACGGCUGCCGGCCAGCCCGACGCGCACCCGGGCUCUCCGAGAGCGCCCUAUUAUCCGGAGAGCCACCCGGCCGUGCCGUUUCUCCGCGGCCGGCACGGCGAGGCUGGCGCACGGAUCAGAUGCACCGAUCCGGACUGCGCCGAGGCUGUGAGACACGUUCAGCCCGCCAACGACACGCAGGACUGCAGGGGGAUCGAGUGCAGGCUGCCGCUGAGGAUACGGCCCAAAGCGCGGGGACGGUCCUGUGUUGGAGAGGGCUGUCCCGCCGAGGAGGACACGGCCGGUGGCCAGCCGCCUCCUCCCGUCCACCUGUCCGACAGAGCCGCGCAGUUUCUGGCAGAUUUUCCAGAGUUUGGGCAUCCAUCGACAGAACUUGGCGCAGCGCCGUUAGGAGUGCAGCUUACCUGUGACAUCAAACCAGGAGAGAACGAGGUUCCUUCAGAGGACGCCCUCAUCCUGCACCUGCAGCUGGCCAAGGGUCAGGAGAAGCUGGUGGAGGCGCUGAGGGCCCAGCAGGUCAUCAUCCGUGACCUGCAGCGGAAGCUGGUGGACCAACAGGAGGCGCUGAUGUCCCAGCAGCGGGAGAUCCUGGACCAGCAGCGGCUCAUGUACGAGCAGAUGGAUGCGGUCAAGGCCCAGUACGGCCUGCUCUCGGACACCGUCAAGCAGGCGUCCUUCCAGGGCCUGCAGGGUGAGCUGCAGAGCUACUUCGAGAACCACCUGGCGGGACUGCAGAGUCAGGCCCGCAGCCACCUGCAGAAGUCCUACGCCGUCCACAAAAUGGACCUGGACGCUAAGGUGAUGGACGCCGUCGGGGAGGCUCGUUUCCCCCAGCCCCUGCUGGGAUGCCCUUCACCGUGUGGAUCAGAGGAGUACUGCGAUUUUCAGAGGGACCCACCCCAGUGCGAGAAGUGUACCAUGUGCCCUCCGGGCUUCUUCUUGAUCUCACAGUGCUCCCCGACGGCAGACAGAAUGUGCCAGGACAGAGAUGAAUGCCUUGAACUACCAAGCAUUUGUGGAGAGCGGGUGAAGUGCCUCAACACUCCUGGGGGAUUUAGGUGUCUGGGCGUGUCUGAGAGGGAGGCGGUGAUGGGCCUCUGUGGCCGUGACUACUUUUACAACCAGGAGCUGCAGGAGUGCCAGGCGUGCUCAGACUGCGACGGAGAGCCCGUCGCCGUCCCCUGCGCCGCCAUCAGCGACUCCGUCUGCGGGCAGCACUCGGACAGCCCGCUCUCCCAGUCCUGGGCCGCUAACGUGCUCCUCCCCCCCGCCCGGGCGCCUGGCGCCCACGUGUUCCCCGGCCUGCAGCUCAACCUGCGGAGCAAGGAGAGCAGCCACCUGCUGUCGAACGAGGCCGGGACGCUGACCUUCCUGCAGCACGGCCUGGUGUGGUUCGACCACAACUUCGCGGUCAAGCACAGCUGCCGGAACUUCCUCCAGGUGGGGAUGAAGCUGAACGGCAGCCAGGAGGAGGAGGAGGAGGGCCGGGACCUGAGCGCCGUCCGCAUCGAGCAACCCGACGGGAAGCACUUCCAGGGGGUCAGCGUCAGCUGCGGGGCGGAGGUGGAGCCCAACCACACCUUCGCGCUCCAGCUGAAGAGUCCCAACCAGCACUGCAACCGGAGCAAGGACCUGCACGUGUUCGACGUGGCCGCCCCGGCGCUCAGCCUGCUCUGGCUGUCUCACGACACGGGCGCCGUGGCCAUGACGGCCCAGACGUCCCUGCCGGCGCACUACCAGACCAGCUACCGCCCCACCUUCCGCGUCACCUCCGUCUCCGACCCCUACGUGGUGGCCCUGACCCACGACAGCCGCGGGGUGCGCUUCGCGGAGGGCGGCGUGGUGAAGUUCGUCCUUCAGCAGGCGCUCUACGCCAUCGGCCACACCUGCGUGCGCGAGGGCUUCUCCCUGGUGGCCCACGCCGCCCGGAACGGCAGCGGCCUGGAGGCGGCGCGGGCCUUCAAGACGGGCGUCAACUACCGGGACACCUCCGUCACGCUGUCCGGCGCCGUGAGCGUGCACGGCGGGGACGUCCUCAGCUUCGAGGUCACCUCGCCGCCCCAGUGCAACGUCCGCUACUUCGGGGACAGCACGGGCAUCAGCACGCUGAGCCUGGUCUGGAUCCCCUCCGCCGUGGCGUCGGCCCUGACCGCCACGGUGUCGCGGAGCGGCCUCCCCUCCGGAGCCGUCAGGAACAAGCCCCUUCUCUUCCAGCAGGUGGGCCCGGACACGCCUCAGAUUCACCUGGCGGGCCCCGGGGAGCCGAGCAGCAGGAAGAAUUUCAUAUUCAAAGAGAAGGGCACGGCCAACGUGGCCCUCGACCUCAAGCUGAUCCACUCGUGUAAUAUAAUUAAAGUGACUUUGCAGCGGGCGGGCGGGCAGAGAGAGCAGGCGGGGCCCGUGGCCCAGCAGGUGUCUGGAUCUAUGCCUGAGGGGAGCGAGUGGGCCAGCGUUGGCCUGAGAGCUUCAUUCCAGGUCCAGAAUGGCACAGCUCUCUACAUCACCCUGGACUGUAUCCGAGGGCGAGUCAAUCAAAUAACUCAUGAAGGCGGCACGAACAUUUCAAUCCUCUGGGUUGCUUUGUGA